UAUUAUCAUGCUAAAACAUUGAUUGAAUAUCGGGUUUAAAACGAAUAACUUGCCUCAGUAAUAUCGGAGUUGUAUUUCAUGUGGACGGAUGAGAAGAAGGGGGCAUAUUUCCUUUAGACCGGAGAGUCAGUCAAGACGCAUAUACCAUUUCUAUCCAAGCCGUUUGCAGAGAUAGUGCGCUCACUGCACUGAGAGCAGCGGUCACAAGUCAAGUCCGUCUCGGCAAGUCAAUUUUGUAUCUAAGAUAUUACAAUCCAAGCCUUAGCUCUCUGCUGAAGAGACAGAAGAUGGACUCAGCCAUUAACAGCCACCUUGUGCAGAACCAGUCCAUUCUUCUGAGUGCUGGUUAUUCCAACGAGACCUGUCGCUUCAAUGAGGAGUUUAAGUACAUCCUACUGCCUGUUUCCUAUAGCCUGGUGUGCGUUCUGGGUCUGGUGCUGAACUCUGUGGCUCUGUGGAUGUUCCUGACCAAGAUGCGACCGUGGAACACCAGCACCGUCUACAUGUUCCACCUGGCCCUCUCAGACUUCCUGUACGUUCUCUCCCUGCCCACCCUCAUCUACUACUACGCUAACCGCAGCCACUGGCCCUUCGGCGUGGCCGCCUGCAAGAUCGUCCGCUUCUUGUUCUACGCCAACCUCUACUGCAGCAUCCUCUUCCUCACCUGCAUCAGCGUCCACCGCUACCUGGGCAUCUGCCACCCCAUCAAGGCCCUGACCAUGGUGAAGCCACGCCAUGCCCACGCCGUGUGUGGAAUGGUGUGGGCUGCUGUCACGGCGUGUCUGGUGCCCAACCUCAUCUUUGUCACCACCAGCCAGAGGGACAACGACACGAUGUGUCACGAUACGACCAAUCCCGAGAAGUUUGAGGAGUAUGUGGACUACAGCUCUGCGGUCAUGGUCCUGCUGUUCGGCAUCCCGUUCAUGGUCAUCAUGGUCUGUUACUGUCUGAUGGCACUGGCUCUGUGUCGGCCCAGACGGGGGCUCUCGUCCAGCCUGCAGAACUCACCCUCACGCACCAAGUCCAUCAAGCUAAUUGUGGUGGUGCUGGUGGUGUUCGCCGUGUGUUUUGUACCCUUCCAUAUCACACGCACCCUUUACUACACCUACCGUGUACUGAAUGCCAAAUGUGAAUUUCUGAACAUCGUCAACUUUGCCUAUAAGAUCACCAGGCCCCUGGCCAGUGUGAACAGUUGUAUUGAUCCCCUCCUGUAUUUCCUGGCUGGGGAUCACUACCGCUCUAAGCUGGUCAAAGCUCUCACUGGAAAUAGACCGACAACCUGCCUGACAAAGCGCCCCAAAAAGAACCAUGAGAUCGCCCUGGUCUAUAAGAACCCAGAGCCUAAAGCCAGCGCUGAACCUAUGAGAUAGUGGGUUAUACAUAUGGACAACUAUGGGGCAUCAUAUAGAUAUGCCUAACCUCCAUGAUAUAAACAGGGAGGAAACAGUUAAAAGUCCUAGGCUGGCCACUACACAGCUGCACUUUCUUUGGAUGCUGUUCUGUCAUUUCAGACACAGGAUGACUACUGUCCAGAGUGAACGAAGGGGCCUUUUGACAGAACUCAGACCUGAAUGAGAAGUUCAGUUCCUAUAAGGCUGUUGGGUCAACGCAGCUAAUGUCAUGUUAAAGAGAAUGAAGAAGUGGGAGUACGGUUGAGUUCAGAUAACAGUUGUGAAAAAAGUACCUAAUUACCAUACUUGAGUAAAGUAAAAAUGAAAGUCACCCAGUAAAAUAGUACUUGAGUAAAACAUUUUACUUUUUUUUAUUUUUUAGUCAUUUAGCAGACGCUCUUAUCCAGAGUGACUUACAGUAGUGAAUACAUUUUUUUUUUUUAAAUCCCGUACUGGUCCCCCAUGGGAAUUGAACCCACAACCCUGGCGUUGCAAACACCAUGCUCUACCAACUGAGCCACACGGGACCUAAAGUCUAAAAGCAUUUGUUUUUAAAUAUACUUAAGUAUCAAAUGUAAAUGUAAUUGCUAAAAUAUACUUAAGUAUCAAAGUAAAAGUAAAACUAUAAAUUAUUUCCAAUUCCUCAUAUUAAGCAAACCAGACAACAUCUUUUUCUUGCUUUUUAAUUUAUGUGUGUUUAGUGAGUCCGUCAGAUCAGAAGCAGUAGGGAUGACCAGGGAUGUUCUCUUGAUAAGUGCGUGAAUUGGACCCUUUCCCUGUCCUGCUAAGCAUUCAAAAUGUAAUGAGUUAUUUUGUGUGUAAGGGAAAAUGUACAGAGUUAAAAAGUACAUUAUUUUCUUUAGGAAUGUAGUGAAGUAAAAGUUGUCAAAAAAUAUAAAUAGUAAAGUACAGAUACCCAAAAAAACGACUUAAGUAGUACUUUAAAGUACUUUACACCGCUGGAAAACAGUCUCCUUAUCACCACUAACACUUUAAAACAGUGUUGAAAGUAUGUAGUUCCGUGAGACAUCCACAUUCCCCCUUGUUAGUAAGAAGCUAUGGCAGGUAGCCUAAUGGAUAAGAAUAACUGAACGGUUGCUGGUUCAAAUCCCCGAGCUGACUAGGUGAAAAAUCUGUUGAGCAAGGCACUUAACCCUAAUUGCUCCUGUAAGUUGCUCUGGAUAAGAGCUUCCGCAAAAAUGUAAAAGCCAAGUCUGUUUUAUACAUGUACUGUACAGUCUCUUCCUAAUAUGAAUAUUUGUGUAUUAAUUUAAUUCUGCCGGUUGCCGUGCUUGUAAGACAAGAGUUCAAAUCCUUUCAACCAGGGAAACAAAACAGUUUAUGUGCCUCUGUCUGAGCCAGACUGUAGUCUCAUAGAAUUAAUUCUUAACUGACUUGCCUAGUUAAAUAAAGGUUAAAUAAAUAAAAUAAAAAUAUUACCACAGAGUGUUAUGCACAGUAGCUACAGGACUCUGAAGAGCAGGAGGAAAUGUAUGUAAUCUGUAAUCUGUUUGUUCAGAUUUGUGUUAUUAUGGUAGCACGUACUCAGAGAGAGGCUCUGUGGAUGGGUAUGACAGAAUGGAUUAUUAUGGAUUAUCAGUGAGUUACUGUGAUCAUCAAAAGCAUCUCUUCCUAUAACAUUAUUUAAAAAAUAUGAUCCAAGGAGUUUGGCUGGUAAAAAUGUCUUCCAGUCAGAGUGGAGGUGACGUCACAAUUAUCAAAAAAACUCAGAGGUUGAGGCAAGCUGAAACAGUUCAACAGAAACAGUGUGUGUUAUCCAAAAAAUGUGUGGUAGCUAAAGCACUAGUCCUCUCCCAGCUGUUUGUGUCCUUCAGCACAGCGUCUCCACAGCUGUCUAUCUGUCUGUCUCUGCAGUGGGGAAACCAGGGGUGGGGUGGUGUGAGGGAGUAGAGGGACUGAAUGGAUGCGUAGGCUGGAGUAUCAACUCCAUCCAACAACCCACACUUUGGAUAAAGAGGAGAUUUUCCUGCAUUACCCAAUUUGGACUCAUUACUAGACCCAACAUGGUCUUUUUCCACACUAGUUUUGGUUGUUGUUGUUGUUGUUGUUGUUGUUGCUGCUCUCAGAAAGACUGUCUUACUUUCCAUGUGAAAGCAGAUGUCUCUGUAAAGCAGAUUGCAGGUCAGAGGUCCAUUCCUAAGGGUAUUUGAAGUACUACACUGCUGUACUUUAUAUUUAAGCUACUGGUCGUGUUUAUAUAAGGCAUUAUAACUCAGCUUCAAGGUAUGAUAUGAAGGCACAUGGUUCAAUAGGUUUAUAAUAACAUAAUGCCAUUAAAUCGAUUUUUAUAAAUCCACAUUUGCUUACCGUCAUUUGGUUAUAAUUUUAUUUUGUUAUGCGCUAUGUGUUAUGUCAAUAUUUGUCAAUAUUUAUCCAUGACAUUGGUUGAUUAACCAAAAUCUAAGUUGUGUGCGUAUAUCGAACUGAACUCCUUCGUGCUGCAGUGUCUUGCAGACUUGAAUGGGGUUAUGAUAGAGGGAGAGUGUGGGAAAGUAAUGGUUGGUUACGUGUCUCACCCAAACAUGAGGCGUUAUCGGAUGUAGGUCCUCCAUGAUUCAGACAGGGGUGAAAGGAGGAGACCUGAGGAAGUGGGAGGACGGGACGGAUGGAGAAACAAGAGCAGGAAGUGAGCUGGUCAUGGUAGUGGACUGUUUGGGUUUUUCCUUCCCUGGUCCGUGCCAAGAAAACCAAGCUGGCCCCACCAACCAAAAGAUCUUGUGCUUCCACUUUCCAGCCAAGGCUCUGUAUUGAUUGUCCAUCGUAAUCAUCCAUAAACAAACUGAUAUUGAGAUCUGAAAUAGGGGAAGACCAACUCUCCAUAAAGCAAUAGAUGGUGUUAAAAUAGUCACAGUACACAGCAGGUGUAUUCUCCAUAUUUCUGUAGAGCAUUGUUAGUUGUUGUCAAUGACAACUUUUACUUCAUUACAUUCCUAAAGUAAAUAAUGUACUUUUUACUCCAUACAUUUCCCCUGACACCCAAAAGUACUUGUUAUAUUUUGAAUGCUUAGCAGGACAGGAAAAUGGUCAAAUUCACACACUUAUCAAGAGAACAUUCCUGGUAAUCCAUAUUGCCUCUGAUCUGGCAGACUCAUUAAACAUGCAUGCUUCAUUUGUAAAUUAUGCCUGAGUGUUGGAGUGUGACCCUGGCUAUCCGUAUAUAAUGAAAAAAGCAAGAAAAAGGUGCCGUCUGGUUAGCUUAAUAUAAGGAAUUAGAAAUAAUUUACACUUUUACUUUUGAUACUUAUGUAUAUUUUAGCAAUUACAUUCACUUAUGCAUUGUUUGUUGUACGCCUUCAGUUAUUGGUUGUCCAUUGUCAUAAACUAGUCAAACUAAUGUUCAA